AGCAGCAGGGCAUUAUGGGGCGGAGAUGGCAUUCUAGUGUACACACAGAGAGACGACGGCAAAGCAAGGCUAGUACGAGACCUGUAACACACCUGCGAGCGAGAAAGGACACCGAUAAACGGCCCGCGAACCACCAAAAGUGUCCUGCAGACAAGGACUUUGCUCUUGUAUUUCGGUGUCAUGGCUCCAAAUGAUUUGAUGAGCAACGCGGAGGACGUGGCGGAUCAGUUCCUUCGAGUGACGAAGCAGUACCUGCCUCACAUAGCACGUCUCUGCCUGAUCAGCACGUUUCUGGAGGACGGCAUUCGGAUGUGGUUCCAGUGGAGUGAACAGAAAGAAUACAUCGAGACGACGUGGGGCUGCGGUUUCUUCCUGGCCACUCUGUUUGUCUUGUUAAACUUACUCGGGCAGCUAGGUGGUUGUAUACUGAUCCUGAGCAGGAAUUUUGUGCAGUACGCUUGCUUUGGAUUAUUUGGAAUCAUCGCCUUACAGACUGUUGCCUACAGCAUUCUUUGGGACCCAAAGUUUUUGAUGAGGAAUUUGGCUCUGGGUGGAGGUUUGCUGCUGCUUCUCGCCGAGUCUCGUUCGGAGGGCAGGAGUAUGUUUGCUGGAGUUCCCACGAUGAGAGAGAGCUCCCCGAAACAGUACAUGCAGCUCGGUGGCAGAGUCCUGCUGGUGCUCAUGUUUAUGACGCUGCUACAUUUUGACACAAGCUUCCUCUCGAUCUUACAGAACCUGGUGGGCACAGCUCUCAUCGUUCUGGUAGCGAUCGGUUUCAAGACCAAACUGGCCGCCCUCACCCUGGUCAUCUGGCUGCUGGCUAUAAACGUCUACUUCAACGCCUUCUGGACCAUUCCAGCCUACAAGCCCAUGCACGACUUCCUCAAAUACGACUUCUUCCAGACCACGUCAGUGAUCGGAGGUCUUCUGCUGAUCGUAGCGCUCGGUCCGGGUGGAGUGUCCAUGGAUGAGAAAAAGAAAGAGUGGUGAGACGGGACUCAACUCAAAAUGGCUCACUCAGUAGUUUGUUUGUUUUUUUUUGUUUCUGUGCAGUUAUCACUCGAAGCAGGUACACUACUUAGGGAGGAAAGAGCCAACUGAGACGUGGCCUCACAAAAUCUAAAUAAAAAAACACCCCAGGACCAACAGAUUGACCCGCUCCGCUGUCCACAUCUCAUGCACUGUCUGUGUUUUCAUCUAUGCGUGCUUACUGAAUUUAUUUUCUACCAGCACUUUUAGACAUGUAUUAGUUUAGCAUAUUUAUUUUCUAAAUGGUCGGGUCUGAUUCUGAUAUUUGAAAAACCCCUUUGAAAAUCUGUGUUAUAAAAGCUGGGACCAUGUUAAAUGAAUAACCGUUUGUUUUUUUGGCCAUUUUACUUUGCCUUUUUUAUUUCGGUGCCAAUUUCAAGUCAAUGUACCAAAGACAUCAUCCUGUUGGAAAUAAGUACACUGCAAAAAUGUUUUCUUACAUGAGUUUUUUGCCUUGUUUGUUGUCCAAAUAUCUAAAAAUGUUUGAAUUAAGAAGCAUUUUCUAGACAAGUAAGAAAUAUGGUUUUGUUUUCAGAAAUAAGUCAUAACUAAGUGAAUUCUUCUGUAAAACAAGCAAAUCAAUCUGUCAAUGGGGUAAGGAAAAUAAUCUUAUUUCAAACUGAAACAAUAUUGUUUUGUAUAACUUGUUAGCAGAUUAUUUAGCUUGUUUUUAGCCAAAACUACUAGUACAGAUAUCUAAAAAUAAAUCAAGAAGCAUUUUCUUGACUAAAGUCUCGUUUUCAGAAAUAAGUCAAAAUUAUGUGAGUUUUACCUUUAAAAUAAGAUAAAUAUUUACCAAUGGGGUAAAAAUCGUUUUAAACCAAAAACAAUAUUAUUUUAUUUGGCCCUUUAGCUUGCUUUAAGGAAAACUAAGAAAAAGAUUAGUGUUUUCUUUUUGAAAAAAGAUUUUGUUUUGUUUUUAGUUCAAAUAUGUAAAAGUUCUUAAAUCAAGCACCUUUGUGUAGACGAGUAAAAAAUAUUGUUUUUUUUUUUUGGAAAUAAUAAGUCAAAAUUAAGUAAAUUUUUCCUUAAAACACGCAAUAUAAUCUGCCAAUGGGGUAAGAAAUAUAAUAUUUGAACCCAAACAUUAAUGUUUUAUGCAACCCGUUUGCAGAUUAUUUAGCUUGUUUUAAGGCAAAACUUUGUUUUUUAAAUCUUUGCAAAUUAAAUCAAGAAGCGUUUUCUAGACUUGUCAAAAAUAUUGUUUUGUUUUCAGAAUUCAAUCAAAAUUAAGCACUUUUUUCUUCUUUAAAGCAAGAUAAAUAUUUACUAAUGGUGUAAAAUAAUAAUAGUUUCAAAGCUAAAACAAUAAUAUUUUACUUAAACCUUUAGCUUGUUUUGAAGUAAAAUAAUAUUGUUUUUGGUUUGAAACCAUCAUUAUUUUUACCCCAUUGGCAAAAAAAUCUUGUUUUGUUUUCAGAAAUAAGUGAGUUUUUCUUUAAAACAAGCUGAAUAUUUACCAAUAGGGUAAAAAAAUUCUUAUUAAAUCGAAAACAAUAGUAUUUUACUUCAUCUUUCGUAAAACAAGCUAAAGGGCUAAGUAAAAAUAUUGAAAAGAUUAUUAUUUUUAUCCCAUUGGCAAACAUUUAUUUGUUUUAAGGAAGAACUCAAUCAAUUCUGACUUAAAAUAUUGUUUUAUUUUCAGAUCUAUUUUUACUUGUCUUGCCUUGUUUCCCAACCCUGUUCCUGAAGGCACACCAAGAGUACACAUUUUCAAGCUCUUCCUAAUCAAACACACCUGAAUCAACUCAUCAGAACUUAAGAAGAGACUCUAAAACCUGAAAUGAAUGGGUCAGAUAAGGGAAAUAUGUGUAAAAA